UACAUAGCCUGUAUAUGCCAGCCUCCCACAACUAUUCCCUUUCAAUCCACUUCUUGGAAAGCUUCUAAUUAAGCACAAGAGGCAUGGAUUUUGAUGAAAAUCGUCCAAUUGUUUGUGACAAUGGAACAGGCUCUGUCAAGGCUGGGUUUGCUGGUGAUGAUGCUCCAUGUGUACUUUUUCCUAGCAUAAUAGGUCGGCCAAGAAACAGGCAUGCAAUGAUUGGCAUUGGACAGAAGGCUAUCUACUUUGGAGAUGAAGCACAAGCAAGGCGUGGGAUCCUCAGUUUAAGCUAUCCCAUUGAGCAUGGAAUAGUGAGAGAUUGGGAAGCUAUGGAGAGACUUUGGGAGCAUACAUUUGACAAGGAGCUCAGAGUCAACAUAGAAGAACACCCCGUCCUCUUAACGGAAGCCCCUUUGAAUCCCAAAACCAACAGAGAGAAAAUGGUAGAAAUCAUGUUUGAGGCCUUUACAAUCCCAGCCACUUUCAUAGCCAUCCAAGCUGUGCUGUCCUUGUAUGCCAGUGGACGAACCACAGGAAUGGUAAUGGAUUCUGGAGAAGGAGUGACACAUGCAGUCCCAAUAUAUGAGGGUUAUGCACUUCCACAUGCCAUCCAGCGGCUUGAUUUAGCUGGCAAAGACCUCACAGACUACCUCACCAAGAUCCUAGCAGAAGAAGGCUACAUAUUCACAACAUCAGCAGAAAGAGAGAUUGUCAGGGAUAUAAAGGAGAAACUUUCUUAUGUUGCAAUGGAUUUUGAGAAAGAACUUGGCGUGUCAAAGGAGAGCUCCGAGCUGGAGAAGCUAUAUGAAUUGCCUGAUGGGCAAGUUAUAACAAUUGGAGCAGGGCGGUUCAAGUGCCCAGAAGUCCUGUUUGAUCCAAGAAUAGUGGGAAUGGAGUCCGGUGGUGUCCAUGAGAUUGUGCUGAGGUCAAUCAGAAGGUGUGAUAUGGACAUCAGGAGAGAGAUGUUUGGUAAUUUGGUGCUUAGUGGGGGCACCACUAUGAUACCAGGCCUUGCUGAUAGGUUGGCUAAGGAGCUGAGCUCACUGGCACCUCCUGGGGUAAGAGUGAGAGUGGUUUCACCCCCAGAAAGAAAGUACAGUGUUUGGAUUGGUGGCUCCAUUCUGGCUUCAUUAAGCACUUUUCAGCAGAUGUGGAUAACUAAGGAAGACUACAUGGAGUCAGGUUCUUCUAUUGUCCACAUGAAAUGUUUUUGAAUAACGAAAUACCCUGUAAAAUUUAUUAGCAACGUGAUGUGUUAUACCAUGUUGUAUAUACUAGAAUGGAUACGGAAGGGAAAACAUAGAAUAGGAACACUGAGAACACGAGGGUUAUGUGGUUCAACCUUAUCGGCCUACGUUCAUGGAGAAAUCUUUUAAGGGCUACAUCUUUAUUAUGUAAGAGUAUAAUACAAUACUUGUGUUACAAUGAAUUAUAGGAUGUGUAUAUAUAGACGACUAAACCCUAAACUACCAGUACAAAUAAGAGUGAGUUUCAGCCUAUUACACUGGGCUAAUAUGUCUAAUAUAUCUUUAAUAUUU